AUGUCCCAAAGUAUCGUUUCACAGUUUGGUGCACCGAAAAAAGCGCGACUGAAGGGCGCUGCUGAGUACUUGAAGUAUAAGAAGAUCCCGUUCUACCAUAACGAUCUUUUUCGAUAUUUUGGUGUCUCUAAGCGUCAUCUUGACCGUUGUGACCGCUUUCUUCAAGAGCUUGGCUGGUCUGUAAGAGUAUUAACUUGGUCUCAGCUCUCGGAGGAGCUAGAUCUUGGAGUAACUGGUAGAACUUUGAGAGAGUAUAUGGGCUCUAUGGACUACCACAAGUGUAUCGCCUGCUUAAAGGGCUGGACAAGAAAGAAUUGGGUAGAAGUUAUGCUUCAAAGAUAUCUUAAACCAGAAGACUGGCGCCGCGUACGCUUUUCUGAUGAGGUAUACUGGUCUCUUGGAGCCGAAGAAAAGAUACAAAUUAUUAGAAAACUUGGUGAGAGAUACUGCGCAGACUGUAUUUACUAUACUCUGGAUCGACACACCGAAAAAGCCCACCAAAGGCAGCACUCCUGGGUUGCUAUUGGCUAUAAUUUUAAAUUAGAUCUAUACUUCUAUAACACUAAAUCUUCCAGCGGAAAGAUGAGCUACUUACGUGGAGACGACUUCGUACUUGAAGAAGAUAAUGAUAGUGGGCACGGCGGCGGCCAUUCCAAGGGUGGGAAUAUCGUUAAAUCUUGGAAACAGCACAACGGCUUAGAGUCGUAUUUCAACUGCCCGUCAUCACUAGAUUUAGCACUAAUUGAGAACUGUUGGCGCCCACCAAAGCAGUUUAUGUUAAGAUAUCCGGAUUGGGACGAGUUUGAAACUCGUGAAUUAGCUAUUGAGGGGUGGCAGAAAGUAUCUUAA